AUGCCGAAGAAGAAGUCCCCAGAGGAUUUCUUCCAGCGAGCUCGUGCAAAGGGUUCUGGGAUCAACAAGGCGAUUGUCAAUGGCGCUGAAGUCCAGAAACACCUUCAACCCAAGACAGCGAAGAACUACGCGCGCGCGUUGGAUUUAUGGAAUGGAUACGCACAGGAUCACCCUGGCGCUGACCCGUACGACUUGGAAACCUUGAAGGACUUUGUGAGGGACGUUACAUACGGGAUCGAUGGUGUUACGGCGACCCCAAAGGCGGGGAAAAAAGCGUCCUCCAAUACUGGAAAGACUUCACAGCCGGAUGGAGGAGGCACAACUCCACCAUACCUCCCACAACGACACUCUCCGUUACAAAUGUUGUUCAUCAAGGAACCCCUGCGAACAGAACUGGGCCUCGCUCACAGAAAGAGGAUCCGGAGCUACGGUACCACCAACCACUUCAUCCAUCUAGGAACCCAGUUGUGGGAGAAAGACUGGCAGAUCUACGAUAAGCCGCGGGUCCGAGUGGACACGUGGGCAAAGAUCCAACUUUACGUGUUUACUUCAGCGAGAGUGGGGGAAUUCAUUGAGUCCACGUGCCGUGCCGGUUCCGGUCGCGGCCUCUACUUCCGUGACAUGACCUUCGGCGUCUUUCGAAAUGAACAUGGAAAAGCCGAGUUCGCCAUCCAAGUCGUGCGGGAUGCGAAAAACAUGACUUGGACGCCGGAGAAAAGGCCAGAGAACUCUGUGCACGAGGGCUUGGAGCCGCGACCGCUCUUUUGCAAUCCUGUGCUGACGAUGCUCGCCAGAGCCAUCGCGGACCACGCCUUCCGGGACUACAGCACCAUGGAAGAGCUCCUGGCGAUCGAGCCUCCGGAGGAUGAGAUGUACCAUCUCCGGCAGCACGAGAGCGUGCUUGGCAAGCCCUUCUUCCACGUGAUCUCUACCGGCGAGAUGGAAAAGGCCGACACCUUCAGCAGGCGUCUGAGGGAACUGGGCGUCCGCGCGGAAUACCUCCGGUGCCCUACCAUUCAUGAUUUCCGGGCGGAGGGGUUGUACCUUAUUGACAAGCUCUAUUCGACCGCUCAACGCAUGAAGCAUGGCGGACACAAAGAUGAGCGGACUUUUGGCGAUUCAUACAUGCCUAAUAAUGCCGGAACCGACCUCCAAGGGGGAUACUUCGACGGCAAGCUUCGCAGUAUUGUGAAUGAUCGCUUUCGCGGGAUGACUCUGCAUCGCAACCCUGAACUAUGGCAGGCGCUGCCGGCCAAGAAACAGUUCGAGUUGGAGAAUAGCCUGGAGUUCACCGCCAUCGAAGAGGAGAUUAAGGCCUUGGCUCCGAUGGCCAAGACUGACUCCACCGCCAAGGGCAGUCGCAACGCGUUGAUGGCACAGAAACGAAAGCUGGUUUCGGACGAACUCCACAAGUGCCAGGAGCAGCAACCAGGUAAAAUGCUGGCCAGCCCAGACGACGCCGUCUUGAUGGGGUACCACUGGACCCAAUUCCACCGCGUCCGCCGCCUUAUGCCAGAGCGGGACCGUCUGGCAUCCAAUCUCUUCCUUGUCGCUCCGAUCCGUAGCGACGAAGGUCGAUCCGUCCUCCGUGACAUGAUCGCGCUCUGUCAACAGGAGGCCGAAGUGCCCUUCCGUCCGGGCUUAGAGCCGGAGAAAUGCACGUGCCUGAUGGCAGACCACAAGCUGGAUCUUGAUAGCAAACCGGCCGCAGAGAGAUGGAGGCACAUCUAUGGCUGCCACAAAAAGAAGCUCGUGGCCAGCUACGGGUUUGCCGAGCUGUGCUUCGACUGUAGUGAGUGGAUGGUCGGUCAGGACAAAUGGGACGAUCACUGCAAAAGUCACCUGGAAAGGCCGGAAAUGCUUCCCAUCCAAUGCAAUCCUUUUGUCUACGGUGGAACCCUUGCCUGCCCUGGGUAUUGUCCUUUCUGCCUGGGCAAUGCGGCGCCUCCAGCUCCCACGCGGAUUCAGCAAUUUCUCGACCGAGAGAAAUGGAAAGCGCAUCUUGGCGAACAUAUCGGACUGCUGGACGAUAGCAAGGCGACCAAAUGCACACAUCCGAGACAGAAAUGCAUCGAUGCCUUCCCAUCCGUCCUGGAGCUGAAAUUCCACCUUCAGGAUGUUCAUUGCAUCGAAUUGACCAAAGGCAUCAAGAGGCGUAGGUCUACCAACCAAGCGGACACUAUGCCGGCUCGAAGAAAGAGGUCUAGAAUGAGCAAGGACCGCGACCCGGACGUGAAGGUCGAUAUGUGGACCCAAUUGACAUACGAGUUUGUGGAUGAGACGACGACGCUGUGUAGCCGACGCAGCCCUGGAACAUCGACCCCUUCUUCAAUCAGCUCACACGGUUCAUCUCCGUCAAACACUGCCAGGGACGAGAGCAUGGGUGCCGCGGAGACGCCGGCGUCGUCUGUAUGCACUGACCUAGUCGACAAGCUUGACCCUCGCCUCCUUGACGAGUGA